AUGAAUAAGUGGUUCCUGAUGGGGUGCGCCCUAGUGGCGGUCGUGGGUUUCGCGAGUGGUGAUCUCGGUUUGACCAUCACGAUUCAGGGUCUAUCUAGUAACGUGCGGAGGUCAAUCGGAUCUGGUGUAAAACCGGUGAUUUCGGCUAAUUCGAGUAUAACAGUGAAUGCAACCUUGGAUUCGAGUGGUACUAUUAUAAUGUUGCGGUCUAUAGUGGCAGAUGUCGUGAAUCCGAUGGGUACAUUACUAGAGGCGAUAGAAAAUUCAACUACAGACAAGAGCGGAGAUCCCACUGCGGUUACAGCAAGCAUCGACAGUCUUGUAACAUCUUCGGUGAUGGCUAUUGGAAAUGCAAUAAAAACUAUCGGUGGCUCUCAAAUAGCGCUUGAUCCUGAAGACUAUACUGUACUAAAUGGAAAUAUGACUCAAUUAUCCGAGGAAGUAAAUUCGUUGACUAAUGUGCUUAGUUCCCUCGGAAAUGUACUGGACCAAGUAAACACGGCCAAUCCACCGUACACCGGUUGGAAUGUAUCAACGAUUAUCACGCCAGCAUUGAUUUCGACAUACACUACACCUUUGAAAAACAUCAGCAGUACUCUGUCCACCUUGGGAUCGUUGAUAUCGAUUAUUGGCAAAGAAAAACAGUUCAUCAUUCAACGUGCAGUCAACCUUAACGAUUCCAUCGAUAGCUCACUUAAGAGUUUGGUUCAAGUCACUACCAAUUUCAACCGAUCUAGUUACGAUGUUCUAAGUAACGUUGCUAGUGCAUCUGUCAAUAGCCUAAAAUCUAUCAACCAAUCAUACGCCGGCAUAUUGGCGAAAGCUGCCAGCAUCAACAACGGAAACGUGACCAGUUUGACCAACUUCCUGGCCAACACCAGCACAAUUGCUGCGGUUGCUUUAUCCAACAUUGAGAACAACACCGCGUCGGUCACACUGAACCUUGCCUAUGUCCUGGCUAACCAAACGACAAAUGCUUCACUUGCUCUGUACAAUGGUCUCAAGAACAUCACCGAUAUGGCAUUCACUAGCAGCAGCGAGUUUUCGAUGGCAUGCGAGAGGAAGUACGGUGCCAUGUUACUUCAGCCUGGUGUAUCACUGACACGGCUUAAUUUAUGUCUCCAGGCGGAAAUUAUCAGAUUAACGAAUUUUGGCCAAUUCGGGGUGUCGGGUUUUUUUUCCGAUGUUUUGAAAUGGGUAGGGCUGCCAGCUGUGCGGCUCAACACGUGCAGCGUGCCCAACGGAACCUGUAUUGCAACGGCCUUCAAUGCAUUUUCGGAUUUUUCCUCACGGCUGGAAGUCAAAUACAACCUAAUUAGCGAUCAGGUAAUGAUCGAACAAACCCAAGUUCUGGACCGCGCUACUGGCUGUGUGAAUAUCGUUUCCAGUGACCUGCAGGAUGUGGUCCACUCUAUUCAAAAUAAAUUUGUAACCUGUUUGACCACGGGCAACUGA